CUCUCUCCUCUCUCCUCUGUCUCUCUUACAACUUGUAGCUUUUGCCACCUCUUCUCUUCUUUUCUUCUCCUCUGGGAGGAGAAAAGGAUUGCACAAAUAUAGACAGAGAGCAGCAGCACCCACACUCAAUACCAGUUUCGAAUUUCAACGCCACACCAAAAAGGAAAACAAAAAAAGUAAAAUUCUCUCUUCGUCUCCAUUCUAGGGUUUUCGCUUCCGCCAUUGUCACGCACAUUCAGACAUUCUCUUCGCCUUCGUACCCCGCGAGCAUUGCUCCGAGCUCCCUGAGUUCGCACUCGUCACUGAUUCGAAUUUCCCGAUUUCUUCUUCGUUUCGGUAAUUGCGAAGGAUUUUAUCGGUUUUGUUUGAAGGAUUUCUUGUGCACGGACCCAAGGGUCUUGGUCAUUUACAGCAGUCAUUUACUAUUGCUGAUUGUUACCUACAGAUAUAUACAAGUCUCAAUGGUAUGCUCACUUGGAAGUGGGAGGAUGGCGGUGAUGGCAAGGCUUCUUGCAUCGGGUAGUGUCACACAAAGCAUAGCAGAGGAAGUUGGCCAUCAGAAGUUUGAUGCUCAAAUGAUUUGCAGAGAGUUAAGCGACGCAAAUGAAGCAAAUUUGCUUGACGAAGAAGAUAUGCAUGUGUUUGGUUUGAAGCCGAUGGAUGAUCCUUUGCAUUUGGUAUGUUGCAAUGCUUGUAAAAGACCAGUCAAGGCCAGUCAAUAUGUGGCACAUGCAGAACUUUGUAGGUCAUUAAAUGCUAUGCAAGAAACUACUUUGGAGCCUGAUGGAAGUAUGGGACAAAGGAAACCUCCAAGGAAGGAGAAGAAAAAGUUGUUAUCUGCUUAUGCUAACCAGUCCACAUCAGUUGGGGAGCUAGAAAGAUCUGAGUCUGUAGAAGCAGAUGAUAUUGCUGUAUCACAACCCCAGUUGGAUGGGCAAAUCGGAAUGAAUUCUUGCUGUUUUAUGGAGACAAAAAGGAAUUCAGCUUAUGUAGAUGCGACAUAUAUGAUGGAUGGUUCAGGAGUUAGUCCUGGAAAUACCAAUGGCUCAACAUGUGUGAUGCUUCCUCCAACAAAACGGUCUAAAAUGGUAGCAGGUGAGCAGCUGCCACUAUCAGAUAUAGGAAUAGUAUCUGCUGUAUCAAAACUUACAAGCACUCAGGAUGCAUGCCCUUAUAGGGAUUCUUCAAAAGGAGUCAUUUCUGUAAGUGAAAUACCUAAUGACUCUGCCCUUAAAUAUAAGAAGUCUGGGCAAGCCCUUGAAUGCUGCAUGCCAAUUAAAGAUUGCCCUCUUCCCCUUGCUACUAAAGUAUAUUACUCUCAAAAAAGCAAUCGUCUUCGAUCAGCACUUUGCCAUCUUUACUAUGAGGCAGUGGCAUCAACUAAGGAGCUGUGUAGUGACAUGAGAGACUCACAGUCUUUACCUUCCAUGAGGAAACCUGAUCAAAUUCUUGCACAAAAUUCAGAAGUUUGCUUGGGGAACUCAGUAGGUUCCCUGCCUGAUGGCGACUUCUCAAAUCAGUUUCCUGUUGAUAAUGUUCCAAGGCCUCAGGUUGCUGGUGUUGGUUUAACAAGAAGCAAAAUUCUUUCAAAACCUUAUUCUUUUGCGGGUAACUCAGGACAAUCACUGGGGACCAUGCAACAGCAAAAUGGUAGUGUUCACGUUAUAUAGGAAUCCUGGUAGGAAUUUUUGGCUCGGUGAAGGUUUAAUUUUAACCUAAUGCUUGAGGUUAGGACUUAGGAUUCUUUUUUUGAUAUUAACUAAGUUUAUCUUUAAAAUGUUCAUUCUAGGCUUUUACAUUCCAGUCAAUGACUGACCUAUAUUUAGAUAUCAAUUGCUGUGCAUUUCAAUUUUAAGUUUCUGUCAGAAGAUAUGCUACUCUCGAAUUUGUAAAUAUGACUACUUCUAGUCUUUUAAUCGGUUUAUAUUUUUAUUGUUCCAUUAGUUUGGUUAA